UGCAUUACAUUCGAAGGAUGCGCGUCUCGGCGUCGACCCGCCGAAGCGCGUCGGACCACGCAACGCUGAGCACAAUUCAACGGCUUCUCGCCGCCCCCUUACGAACACGGGGCCAAAAGAGGGGCGCGCCCGUCGGCGCUCGUCACACGCGCACGGACACGUGUUGAACGCGCGUCGCACCUGACUGACUUGCCUCCGUGGCAUAGAAGUUGUAUGCGCGCCUGCAGCUCGGCCGGCGUUGUUCGUUGGGUAUAGAGAGCUUACGUCAUAUUAUCGCUGACUGGCCCCGGCGGCGUUUGUUCGUCCGGCGUGUCUUGUUUCUUUCCAAGAACUGCAUACAGUGCGUACAUGUGAACCGCCGCAUCCUCCGUUGUCGUGCGACGAGCCACUGAACGGGAAGCGAUACGUGGGUGAUCAAGAAGGAGUGAGUGUUCUGUGCUUUAGGGUUGGAAGGCGGCCACCGUCGAUCAUGGAGCAGGACGAGCUUGAAGAACUCAAGAGCGAAUUACAACUGUUAAAGAUCAAGAUCAAGGAAGGACAACAGGCGGCCGCGGACAAGACCUUCCAGGAAGUGCUCAAGGACAUCGAGAAAGAGGCCAAGUUCCGGAUCAAGCAACGUCGCAUCCUCAAGGGGCACAUCUCCAAAGUGACCACGGCGCAUUUCUGCGGGGACAGCAAGAAGGCGGUGUCAGGAUCACUGGACGGCAAACUCAUCAUCUGGGAUGUCUUCACGGGAAACAAAAUGCGCGUCAUCCCGCUGCGCUCCAGCUGGGUGAUGGCGUGCGCUUACGACGAGCAGGGCAAUUACGUGGCCGUUGGAGGCAUGGACAACAUGUGCACCAUUUACGACCUGCGUGGUACCAGCGCCAAGGUGCGACGAGAGCUGGCCGGCAUGGACGGAUACUUGUCCAGCGUGCGCUUCCUCGGAGACUCCCAGGUCAUCACUGGCUCUGGGGACACGCGCGUUGUCCUGUGGGACUUGGAAAGAGGCCAGAAAGUCGUGACGUUCGAGGCCCACGAGGGAGACGUCAUAAGUCUGUCGUUGAACCCCGACAAAACGACCUUCGUUACCGGAUCGGUGGACAACACUGCACGGCUCUGGGACAUCCGCGAGAAGGAAUGCCGCCAGACGUUCCGCGAGCACGAGGCAGACGUGAGUUCGGUUUGUUUCCACGCGGGAGGUAACGUGUUCGCGACGGCUUCCGAAGACAAGUCGUGCCGGCUGUUUGACGUGCGCAGCGACCAGCAGCUAAGCCGCUACCAGAACCCGCGCGAGUCGUCCGCCUUCACAAGCUGCGGACUGUCGCUGUCCGGAAGGCUGCUCUUCGCAGGCGCCGACGACCACGACGUCCACGUCUGGGACACGCUGUCCACGCGUAGAGUCGGUAACCUGUCCGGCCACGAGAACAAGGUGACGUCUCUCACCGUCAGUCCCGACGGUGUGGUGGUGGUGACUGGCUCCUGGGACUCGAGCGUCCGAGUGUGGGGCUGAACGGCAGCGUCACUAACAAAGCUACCUGUCCACACAACUUCACGAGAAAGCGCUGUGCACGCGUACGUUCAUACAGAUUUGUACUCGGAAUGUUUUAAAACGGUCCGUGAGAGUCUAUAGCCAUACAAACCUCGCCGGUACCAUUUACUGGAUCGUGCCUGGCCCUACUGCUAGCUCGUUCUAUGUGGCAAUGGGACGUUAUAUGAAAUCACUGCGAUCAUAAGCAACAAACUUGCUUGGUUGGAGAGGGAAUUUCCGAGCGUCGACACCCGCGGAACAUAACUGCAACGCUCCAGUUCGACGCGCGACAGCCGAGGCCGUUACAGCACUCGCCCGAUAUCGUAAAAUGCACGAAGCGCCGGCGGCGAUCGGGCUACUACUACAUUAUGAUAGUUAGGUUCAAGUGACAACCAAAUAUUGCGGCGUGACGUCGACGCGUCCAUUUUCAACACGAUGCGAGCAGUGAUAAUUACCCAACUGGGUACCAUAUGGUCUAUUUGGAACUGUAGCCUUCACGUACUUCCACGAGCAAAAAAUAAAGGAACCAGGGAUUAUGCACAAAGCCGAUCUUCUCCACCUAUGAAUGAAACUUGAACUUAAGGACUGCAGCCCAAAGUUGCAUUGCGAACUUUCCAGUACGCUUGUAAAUUUCGGAUUAUGCGUGAAUCAUGAAUAAAUUGUUUUUUUUUUCUUUUUAGCCGAGCCUGUGGUCCAUAAACUCUUGCUCACGAUUGCACAUCAUGGUCACUGCACAAAGUGUAAUGGACGAAGCGGCAUGUCGAGUACGUUGUUGCAGCACUGGAUGACAGGGAAGCGUUCUCGCUCAUUCUUCUAAAGGGACUCUAAAGGCAAAUAUUACGUCAAGCUAAACUGAUAGAUUAGUGCUCGAGAACCUCUCAAUCGUCAAUAUUAUCGUGAACAGAGCCUUAGUAAUCGAGAAAUUGAGGUAAAUGCAGGACACGAUUAGAGGCACCCCUGGGGCAUUCAAGUAGUUGCCCGAU